AUGACUGAUCAAUUCGCAUUCAAGUACCCAUCGCCAUUAGCGGGGUAUGGGAACCUCGAGCCACUGUCUGACGAGAGAAACGAAGAUGGAAAGUCGCUGAAGAACCCUCAGCACGGUAUCCUGAGUAAAGCAUACGAAGAAUUCCCAGACCCUCUAAGCAAAGGUCGGCGCGGGGGAUUUGACAUCCACAUCUACCAUUUCCAAACCAAUCCAGACCAAGUGGCUCAUGCAAGAGCACUCUGGGAACGAAUCCGGCGAGAAUUCCCCGAACUACGGAUAUAUAGAUUUUUCGACAGACCCGUUGGCCCGCACCCAGUCGCCAUGUUUGAAGUGAAUCUCUUCACACCUGCCCAAUUUGGCGCAUUCAUUCCUUGGCUGGUUAUCAACCGAGGUCCUCUUAGUGCCCUUGUACACCCUAACACUAUUGAUGAUGAUGAGGAGCGAGAUCAUACUCAGCGCGCGACUUGGUUGGGUGAACGCAUUCCGUUGGAUUUGACUCUCUUUAAGUUGAGGAAGGAGCAGGAGAAGGCGGAGGAGGAGGCCAAGUUGGCGAAGAAACAGGAGUAG